GCCUGCCCUCACGUGACGUUGCGUGGCGGCGCAACCGCCAUCUUGUGUUGUUGGGGCUGAGGAGUCGCUGUGGCCGUGAGGGACUCUCCGUCCGGGAGCGCAGGUUCACGCUUUUUACAGAAGAGGAAUAGAACAGGAAAAAAUGGCAGCAGAAACUCAGACACUUAACUUUGGGCCUGAAUGGCUGCGAGCUUUGUCUAGUGGCGGGAGCGUGACAUCCCCUCCUUUGUCUCCGGCUUUGCCAAAGUACAAACUAGCAGACUAUCGCUAUGGGAGAGAAGAAAUGUUGGCACUUUUUCUAAAGGAUAAUAAGAUACCUUCAGACCUUCUGGAUAAGGAAUUUCUGCCUAUUUUACAAGAGGAGCCCCUGCCACCACUGGCACUUGUACCUUUUACAGAAGAAGAACAGAGAAAUUUCUCUAUGUCUGUAAACAGUGCUGCUGUCCUGCGGUUGACAUCACGUGGAGGAGGAACGGUGGUAGGGGCUCCUCGAGGUCGAAGUUCCUCUAGAGGUCGAGGCAGAGGCCGAGGAGAAAGCGGUUUCUACCAAAGAAGUUUUGAUGAAGUGGAGGGUGGAUUUGGGCGAGGAGGGGGCAGGGAAAUGCACAGAUCACAGAGUUGGGAGGAAAGGGGAGACAGACGCUUUGAAAAACCAGGGCGAAAAGAUCCAGUGAGACCAAACUUUGAGGAAGGUGGGACAGCAACAACGGGGAGGAAGCAUGAGUUUAUACGCUCUGAGAGCGAGAACUGGCGCAUCUUCAGGGAGGAACAGAAUGGGGAAGAUGAUGAUGGAGGCUGGCGACUGGCUGGGUCACGGAGGGAUGGUGAGAGGUGGCGUCCUCACAGUCCAGACGGCCCUCGUUCUGCAGGCUGGCGAGAACACAUGGAGCGACGACGGAGGUUUGAAUUUGAUUUCCGGGAACGAGAUGAUGAACGGGGUUAUCGACGAGUACGGUGUGGGAGUGGCAGCAUGGAUGACGACAGGGACAGUCUCCCUGAGUGGUGCUUAGAAGAUGCAGAAGAAGAAAUGGGAACAUUUGACUCCUCGGGGGCGUUUCUCUCUUUAAAGAAGGUGCAGAAGGAGCCGAUCCCUGAGGAACAGGAGAUGGACUUCCGACCUGUGGAAGAAGGGGAAGAAAGAUCAGACUCUGAAGGGAGCCACAAUGAAGAAGCCAAAGAUCAUGAAAAGACCACCAAGAAAGAGGGGGAGAAAACAGAUAGAGUAGUGGCAGAAGCAGUGGAAGAAGCAGUCCAAACAUCUUCACCGGCUGCCAGGUCAGAUACCCCGCCAAAAUCCCAGCCUCCAGACCCACUGCAGACAAGCCUUUUUGAAAGGAAGGAAGAGUCUGUGCCAGAAAGAACAGAAAAAACAGAAGAUAAAGAGAAUAGAACAGAGAAUACACCACCAGCCAAAAUGUCCAGCAGAGGGGAAGAUUUGGCUUCUGUUGCUCAACCCUUGUCGCAGAUUUCUGCAGACACAGCUUCUCCUGCUCAUCUUUCUCCUCCUGUUUCCAAUUCAAAUCCUGCUCUGCGUCCGGUUCAGACACCUGUCACAGCUGCUCCAGGCAUGGGCAACAUUCCUACUGAUCCAGAUGAUGAAGAGGGCCUCAAACAUCUGGAGCAGCAAGCAGAGAAAAUGGUGGCGUACUUGCAGGACAGUGCCCUUGAUGAUGAAAGACUAGCGGCAAAAAUUCAAGAGCACAGAGCAAAGGGUUCCUCUAUGCCAUUGUUCCAUGAAGCCAUGCAGAAGUGGUACUACAAAGAUCCACAAGGAGAAAUUCAGGGUCCUUUCAGUAAUCAGGAGAUGGCAGAGUGGUUCCAGGCCGGAUACUUCACUAUGUCACUGUUGGUUAAGAGAGCCUGUGAUGAGACUUUCCAGCCGCUUGGAGACAUCAUGAAAAUGUGGGGCAGGGUUCCCUUCACUCCAGGUCCAGCACCUCUUCCACAUCUGGGCGAGCUGGACCAAGAACGGCUGACUAGACAACAAGAGUUGGCCCUGAUCCAAAUGCAGCACCUCCAGUAUCAGCAUCUUUUAAUACAACAACAAUAUGCACAGAUGCUGGCUCAGCAGCAAAAGGCAGCCCUCUCAUCCCAGCAGCAGCAGCAGCUCGCUAUUCUCUUGCAACAAUUCCAGGCCCUGAAGAUGAGAAUAUCUGAACAGAACAUGAUGCCACCUGUUACAAGGUCUGUGUCAGUGCCAGACACUGGCUCAAUAUGGGAACUUCAGUCAGCUUCACAGCCUACAGUCUGGGAAGGAAGCAGUGUCUGGGAUCUCCCCAUUGAUACUGCAGCUCAGGGACCAGCUCUAGAACAACUUCAGCAGCUCGAGAAGGCCAAAGCUGCAAAGCUAGAGCAAGAGAGGAGAGAAGUGGAAAUGAGGGCCAAACGAGAGGAAGAGGAGAGGAAAAGGCAGGAGGAGCUUCGGAGGCAACAAGAAGAGCUACUUAGGAGGCAGCAGGAAGAUGAGAGGAAACGACGGGAAGAAGAAGAACUGGCCCGCAGGAAGCAAGAGGAAGCCCUGAGGCGACAACGAGAGCAGGAAAUUGCACUAAGGCGGCAGCGGGAGGAAGAGGAGCGGCAACAACAGGAGGAAGCACUUAGAAGAUUGGAAGAGAGAAGAAGAGAAGAGGAGGAAAGGCGGCAGCGAGAGGAGUUAAUUCGUAAACAGGAAGAGGAGGCUGCCAAGUGGGCACGUGAAGAGGAGGAAGCUCAACGGCGACUUGAGGAAAGUCGGCUACGCAUGGAAGAAGAGGCAGCCAGACAGCGGCUUGAAGAAGAAGAGCGAAAGCGCAAGGAGCUGGAACUCCAGCGCCAGAAAGAAAUAAUGAGACAGAGGCAGCAGCAGCAGGAGGCUUUACGACGGCUGCAGCAGCAGCAGCAACAGCAGCAACUUGCACAAAUGAAGCUCCCUUCAUCUUCAACAUGGGGUCAGCAAUCAAAUUCAGGAGCUUGUCAGUCCCAGACCACACUGUCAUUGGCAGAAAUCCAGAAAUUAGAAGAAGAACGAGAACGGCAGCUUCGAGAAGAGCAAAGGCGUCAGCAGCGUGAACUAAUGAAGGCCCUUCAGCAGCAGCAGCAGCAACAGCAGCAGAAAUUGUCAGGCUGGGGUAAUGUCACCAAACCAACAGGCACCGCCAAGUCACUGCUGGAGAUACAGCAGGAAGAGGCAAGGCAGAUGCAGAAACAGCAGCAACAGCAGCACCAGCAGCCGAACAGAGUCAGAAAUACCACGCACUCUAACCUGCACACCAGCAUUGGGAAUUCAGUGUGGGGCUCCCUAAACACUAAUCCCAGCAACCAGUGGGCAUCUGACCUAGUCAGUAGCAUCUGGAGUAAUGCUGAUACCAAAAACUCAAACAUGGGUUUCUGGGAUGAUGCAGUGAAGGAAGUGGGACCUCGUAACUCGACCAAUAAAAAUAAAAGCAAUGCCAGCCUCAGUAAAUCUGUAGGUAUUACAAGCAGACAAAACAAGAAAGUGGAAGAAGAGGAGAAGCUGUUGAAAUUGUUCCAGGGGGUUAAUAAAGCCCAGGAUGGAUUCACUCAGUGGUGUGAACAGAUGCUUCAUGCACUCAACACAGCCAACAACUUAGAUGUUCCCACGUUUGUUUCUUUCCUGAAGGAAGUAGAGUCUCCCUAUGAGGUCCAUGAUUACAUCAGAGCCUAUCUCGGAGAUACUCCUGAGGCCAAGGAGUUUGCCAAGCAGUUUCUUGAGCGCCGUGCCAAACAGAAAGCCAGUCAGCAACGGCAACAGCAGCAGCAACAGGAUUCAGUGUGGGGGAUGAACCACAGUUCGCUACAUUCGGUCUUUCAGACCAAUCAGAGCAACAACCAGCAACCCAAUUUUGAGGUUGGGCAGAGUGGGAAGAAAAAGAAGAAACAGAAAAUGGUUCGUGCAGAUCCCAGCUUGUUAGGGUUUUCAGUGAAUGCCUCAUCGGAGCGGCUCAAUAUGGGAGAAAUAGAGACUUUGGAAGACUACUGAGCAUGUGCAAAUCAACUGGCUUUUCCUGCAUCUGUUAACCAUGGAUUCUCCAUUUUGGACACAGUACUCUCCACCAUGCGUUCUUCUUCACCUCGCAGUGAAUCACAGAAUCAAUCAUCUCAGGCUGCUUCCUCCAGCCCCAGCAAAUGCUUUCUGCCCAGGACUGCACAGGCAUUGUUCCUACUGUCAGCCUAGAGUCAAGUGGACUUUGUUCAGAGUCCUGGGAGGGUGGGAGAUAGGAUUCGUUCACAGCAAGGCUGAUUUGGGCAGCAAGCUUUCACUGUGCUGUGAUUUCUUCUGCUGACAUACCUGGAAAAAAAAAAAUAUCAAUUGGGAUUCUGCAAACCAUUGCUUCCCUCUCCUGGUUACUUGUACCACAUCCAACAUGUGCAGUCAUGGAGAGAGAGAGAGAGAGAGAGAGUUUGUGGUUAACAGAUGUUGGUCAAAACCAAAAUGCCACACAGAUACUGACUUCCGUGCUCCAUCAGGGCAAGAGGUGCUCUCCCAAGCCAGGAGUUGCAUUCAUAAGCUAACUUUAGAACUGGCAACAGCAGGAGAGGGGCGGUGGUGGGCGCAGUUUAGCUUGGGUUGGUUUGAAGUUGCACACCCCCUGCCAGCCCUUCUCAGCACAUUAUUUUUGGAGGGAAAGCUCGAGUCUGUCUUCAUUAGGUGGUGAUGCUGAAGCUGGAGGAGUUCCCUGUCAGCAUACUCCAGCCUUCCUGGACACGUGGGGACUUUUGCUCUGGGAAGAAGGUGGGGGGUGGCGUCUCUUCUGUCGGGUUGAAUUUAUCCCUUAAAUGCUACCUUCGGAGGGUUAGGACCAGUUUAUUUUGAGCUCUUUUCCUGCAAAUUUGUCUCGUUUAAGAGACAGUAGGAUCUUUACCGUGUGGAUCUUCAGUCUCUGGUGAGGGCAAACACUGGCUUUCAGAUAUAUGUACCCCAGCAGUCUUAGGUAGUUGUCAUUUUGAGCAGUGCUUAGGUUAACACGCAGAGAUGCCCUUUUGUCAUGAAGAGAGACUGUUGAGGGCGAAGCUAUGUGCAAUGACGGCCCUGCUUAUCUCCUACACCUUCAACUGCUUCACGCACCUUCACUGGGAUCCAUAGUCCUUAAGUAUUUAUGGAAUCGUAACCUUCUGCUCUCACCGAAAGAUUAACACCAUCUUCUCUCCUCCAUCCACCCACGCGCACACACCACAAAAAAAAAAGAAAAUGAAAACUGCCAAAUGCACUUAGUUUCCCCCCCCCCCGGUCCCAUCUCCCAUUCCCAGAGGGUUACAACCUGCGAAGGGAGAUGUGCUACCGUUUUGGUGGAGUUGUAUAAAGGGGUCUGUUCUUCUGUCAUCACUGCCUAAAGAAAACAGUUCGAGUCGCUCAAGAGCAGUUUGGCUUUGGAUUUUAUUUCGUUUGGUUUAUUCAUUUUUUGGGGUCACCUUCCCCUCCUCCUCCUCCUCCUCUCUCUUCCCCCUGCCCCCAAACAUGUACAGUAACUAUACAGAGACUGCUGCAGACUUGUAUAUAGUUUUUGGAUCCAAUAGCAUGGAGAGACUUGGAACUGUUGCAAAUCUGGUCUCCCUGUCUCCUUUGCUUUGUAAAUUCAUAAAAGGGGGAAGAGGGGUAGUUAAAAUGUUUACAAAACUUUAAACUCCCUCUGAACUUUUGCCAGUGUGGGGGGGGGAAAGAGAGAACUUAAAUAAAACCUGGUUGUAUUAUA